UCUAAAUAUGAUCGAUUUGGCGUAGGACUCCGCAAAUAGUGCCCUAGCGAAGGUUAUGGCCACGGUGCAUUAUAUUUUGUGGCCAACGUUACCAAAGUUAACCGCAAUGACACUUUGUCGAUGAGUGAAAUGUCAAAAGUGUAUUGUUAAUUUGGCAUUUGGAACCCGAAAUGAAUUGAUGGUGCAGUAGGAAAAGUGAAAACAUUCUGAGCAUGGAAAAGAAAUAGAAUCGCCGAAAAGCUGUCGUUUUGAUACGGAUUGAAAUCGCGUAGUCCCUGCGUCGAGAGCCCGGCAGUGCACGGAGGUGAACUCUUGCUAAUAGAUUACUCAUUUGUGUGCAUUACAAUACUGUCAUCCCGGGUCUACGUCGGGACUAGCGAAGAUUACAGAAAGUACUUUGGAAACGAGGCAGAGAAUAGAAGAAAAGAAAAAAAACAACAGGAGCAGUAAAAUCGUUCGACCGCCUGAUGGCCGCUCUGUUCAGUUCCGAAAGGUAGUGCUCGUUUUUGGUUCAUAUCGACCGACAAUUUGCCAUGCAAUGCUGGUUCCUGAAGCUGUCGGUCGUGUUAAUAAAGUAUGAUAAUACGGCAACAGUUGCCCAAUCCAAGUGACCAUUAUCAUCAUCGACAACAGCGACACAUCGACGACAACGAAGACGACGCAUACGAUAGUGUUGUAAAAGCGAACACACAUUUUCAGCUGACUAAUCAAGCCGGAUUGUUGUUGCCGACCUACCGGCGCACCGGGAGAAACUCUCGCGUUGGCGGACACGGUUGUGGUGGUCAAAAACAAUACCGGACCGGAAUAUCCCCGAGAAUCGUCAAUCAAAUUGCAGUCCUCUGCAAAACGAGAACGAGUUUGGACGAACACUGAUUGACGACGACGUCGGUCGGUACGGAAAACAACCCAAUUUGCAAGGAUGGACGUGGCUAAACUGUUCGAUGACCUCGAGUCAAACAACAUGGAGCGGGUCGAUGAAGUGAAACGAAAGUUUCAGGAGAUUUUUGCCUCAACUAAGGAAUCCUGGCUGGCGUAUAACAUGAUGGAGUACUUUGGUCAAACAUCUUCGGUGCGCAUCGUGGACAUCCUGGUAAAGGUACAGCAUCCGCACGAUAAGCACAUCUUCGACAAGCUCUCCGAGUGGAUACGUAGCGGUUCAUCGAAAACGCUUGGCCUGACGCUGUUCGGGCACAUUAUCCAAAAGCGACCACUCUGGCUUUACAAGGUUGGCUCGCAUCAGCUCGUGAAGGACGUGCUGAAAUUAUCCAAGAUAGAGAAGGACAUCAGUUCGCUGAUUAACGCCGUGCUGUGCAUCAUCGAUCUGUUGCCGGUGAUUCCGCUUGUGAUGGGAAGCUUCGUGCAGGACCUGUUUGAUGUGUUCAACUAUCUUGCCACCUGGAACCAGAACGAGUCGCACCUGCCCGAGUAUCAGCUGAUCCAUCUGCAGUUCGGGCUGUACGAGUUGUUCACCCGGCUGUAUGGGAUGUAUCCGUGCAAUUUUGUGGCCUUUCUCAAGCAGGAGUACGCGUCUCCGGGCGGACGGCAGGCGGUAUUUCAGCACACGAUCAAACCGUUGCUCGAUACCGUCAAGAUUCACCCGAGGCUGGUCCUGUCCGAUCGGGACAGCGAGACGAGCCAGCAGCGGUGGAAAAACAUGGAACCACACGAUGUGGUCAACGAGUGUGCGCGUAUGUCGCUCGAGUACCUCGAAUCGCAAGCACUGGAAGGGCCGCAGUCGCAGCUACUUGGGUUGGGUACGGGAAUGAACGCCAGCGGCAACGAAUGUCCUUGCUACAUGACUCCAAUCAAACCGAUCGAGUAUACGGCCGGGAGCGGUGAGGGAAGUGAUACAUUCGAGUUUCAAUGGAAAGCGAACGUGAACUAUUUCAACACCUGCUCGCUCGAUCAGCAGCUGAGCACGAUCGCUACGCAGAACGCUUUUCUUUCGCCGAACAUGCAACCAACGCCACCACCGACCAGUACGAGUACGGUACCGCCUCCGCACACUCCCAUCCCUACGCCUAGCUUCUCGAUUCCGGCUCACCCGACCCCGCAACCCGCGGCCGCUGAUGGUGCGUCACCUCCAGAGGCGGCGGUCGAGGCAACACCCGAAACGACCCCGUUAAAAGACAUCAAACAAUCGACUACACCUGCCUCCACUGGCUCGGCCCCAACCCGGGUCCUUCCGAACACGGUCAAACCGAUCACGGGUCGUGCAAUCUGGACGGCACACCAGCCGGCUUCUCCGAUAAAGAAAGAUGCCGGUCAGACGCACUUUCCUUACGACGAUACGCCUCCGGUGGUCACUUCGAAACGGUUGCUGCGUGUCGUUAGCCAACGUCAGUCACAGUUGCAGCUAUCCGAAGCGUCCACUGGGACGACCUCAACGAUGUCCACCGCCAACAGCACCACGACCACCACUACAACCACGAGCAGUAGCGUACCCUCCAGUCCGCUACCGAUCGAUCAGUUGCAUCAAUCCUCAUUUGCGUCGAACCUUCCGGUUUCAGUAACAACAACGCCGCUGAUAACCACUUCUCCUAACGCAAGCCGAAACGAGUCACCGAUGGUGCCGAUUGUCGCUAACGCUGGGCGCUCCGGCGGAGCACCCGACCAUCAUCAGCCGAUCAUCAGCCGGGAGGACCAGGAAGUAAACGACAUCAACAGCCCGCACUUGCAGUCGAUGCCGCACUCGCAGUCGCUUCCGGUCGAUACGACGGCAGUUAAGCUGCGAGACCUGUACGCCGACGAAGAUCCGGACCAGGUGGAGGGUUCACCCUGUUCGGCCGGUGGGCUGCACUUUAAGAAUUCCCAAUCGGUCAUCAAUUACACGCGCCGCCGGCUGCACAGCCACUGCCUGGUGGACUCGUCCGAUCCGUACUACAGUACGGGCACCUCACCGGCGGACACGAGCGGUAAUUUCAUCCGGAACGGGUCGUCAAUGGCCUCCCAGUUACUGGGAGUGUACGGUGGUGGUGGUGGGUCGAUUCCCUCUAGAGAACCAACCGGGCGCGUGAACUUCAGUGCUCAGCUUCCCGAGCCUUUGCAGCUUUACCAAAACCUACAGCAGCUCGAGCAACAGCAGCAGCAACCAACACAGCCGCACCUGUACUACACCCACAGUCAGUGUCAUCAUCACAUUCAUCUGCAUCAUCAGCACCAUCACCAUCAUCACCACGGGCAGCAUCCGUUGGGUGUGCAGCAUGGCGGCGGCCUUCACCCCCGUCGUCAUUCGCUGCCAGAUCUCAAGCACUUUGCGCUCAAGGUGGACCCGAAACUGUUGCUCGGUUCGCUGGCCAAACGUCCAAGCGAACGUCACCAGAUACUAUCACAAGUGCUGAGCGAUACGAAUGGUGCCGGCGGUGGUGGUGGUGGUGGAGGUAUUGUUGGUAGCGGAUCGUCAUCGGAAGGUGUUGGCAGUAAUGCGGACAGCAGCCCUUCGGAGGAGGAAGCGAUCUCGGCGGCGACCCACUUUCACCGCAAGCAGGAGCAGCUCGCGCGCAAUCAGGAACUUUUCCAGCAGUUGAGAAACAACCUAACGAACGUUGUCGUUGCCGCACCUGCAUCUCAUUGUAACGCCACGCGUCCCCAGUAUCAUGGUAUAACGCAUCCACGACCCGAGCGUGACGGGUCGCUCGGGACUGGUGGUGGUGGUACAUCCGGUGGUGCUCCGGCCACAACAUCAUCCUCGAAGAUCUCGACCGCGUCGCAAACGAUCAUCAGCUGGCCACAACCGUACGAGCAGAUAUUCUACGGCAUUCUGCAGGAGGAACUGCGCUUUAAAAAUAGCGUAUCGAAGGCAGCGAUCGACCGGCAGGUGCACCACUUUGUGUCCGGGCGCAUCGAUCAGAUCAUGGUACUCGAUCAGUACGUCGAGAUGUGCGCCAAAAACCGGGCCGCCCUGGCCGAGUGCGCCGGUAGUCGGAGUGCACUGCCCGAGUCGUACUACCAGGACCACAUACGCCUGCUAUUGCUGCAGCUACAGUACGAGCGCCAUCGGCGGGAAAUCCAUGCCGAACGGAACCGGCGGCUGCUGGGCAAGAGCCGCAAGAUACGCGCCCUCGAGCAGAACAACGACGCACUGAAGGACCAGGUGGCACGACUGACGCGCGAAAUCGCAUCGCUCAAUGCGGAACUGAGCCUGGUGCGGCGGAAGACGAACGCAGAGCUACAGGAGGCGUCCAGGGAGUGCGUGCGCUGGAAGGAGGCGCUCUACGGUGAGCAAGAGCGUGGCAAGGAGUUGAUGCUUAAGAUCGAAGCGCUUCAGGUGGCCAUGAAGGACGAGACGGCGCAGCGACGGGAGGUACAGAUACAGCUCGAGCAGGCUCAGGGCGAGCUGUUCGAUCUGCGCAACGAGCUUCGGCAGGCGCUGGGUAAGGCGGACCUGGGUCAGCAAUAUCGCGAGGAACUGACCCGCCUCCAGUCGGAGCUGAUCAUGCUGGGUGAGGUGCAGUUGCGGUGUAAGGAGAAAAUGACCGAACUGGAUCGCCUUCGAGCACGUGAGGCUGAAAUAGCGCUCAUGAAAGCGAACUACCACGAAGAGUGGAAAGAGCUCAAGUUUGCGCUGCAGCAGAAAUCGGCUCAACUGGACACGGCGAAAGAGCGACAGGCGGAACUGGAGCAGCAGCUGAUCAAGCGCGAGGAAACCGUUACACUCCAGAAGCGUACGCUGAAAGCCGUCAAGGAGGAAUACCAGGAGAAGUUUAAAGCACUGGAGAGCAAGUACGAAGCACAAAAGGCUAUUAUUAUUCGCAUGGAGGACACCAUCGAGGAGCUGCGGGUGAACAGCUGUGUGGCCAAGUCGCCCGAUUCCGACAGAACCGAUGCAGUCGGCUCCCUGGACCACACGUCCCCGCUGUCGAUAUCGCUAGCCUCCAGUGAAGGCCUGUCGGAAAUACGGAACCUUUCGGCUCUGGUCGCGCAAAAUUCGGCCGGUCUCGGGGCUCAGCUGGGCGGCGGCAAUCCGAUGCCGCCAAGCAUGAUGAACAGUGGCAUCAGUGGCGCCGAGCUAGACUCGAACCUGCCCACCCCGACCACCGGUGGUGGUGGUGGCCUCUUGCCGGAUCCAUAACGUCAUGCGGAUCUUACGUGCGUUGUCUCUUAACUGUUUCGUGUUUUGUUUCUUUUUGUUGUAGAUGAGAGGUACUUUCUUGCGCUUCAGUGUUAGUUCCACUGGGACCGCUCGGACCGAUUCGAUUGUUGUUUCUUUUUUCAUCCACUAUCCAGUUUAGUUCGAUCUGUGUUCAGGGAGAAAAGUGCUUAACUUCUUUUUGCACCACACAGAACUCACAAUCAAGUUUUUUGGGCGACGAAGCACAACUUGGUCUGAGCUUGAUCUUGUUCUCCGGUUAGGCCGUGAACGGAUAGACCAACGGAACCAACGACUCCGAUGGCUGCGCCCGUCUUAGUCUAGGCCUCUAGCUCUAAUCCCCAUCAUUAGCUAAAUCACGCCAUAACACGCGUCAACCGCGAGCUGCGACAAUGAAGUUAUAGUUUGAAAACGCCAAAGUGAAACGAACGAGAUCGAACAAGAAACUCGAGAAUGGAAUUGAUAUGAGAAAAAGAAUUCCGAACGCAAAAAUGUUCAGGAAAAUUAUAUAUAUAGAAAUAUAAAUAUGUAUAUUACAGUUAGGCACACCGAAAUUCUCCCCCAAAAAAUAAACACACACACACACACACACACAGAUAAACACCCACUAACAAUAAAACACAAUAAACACGUACACAUCUUUGGCGAUAACAUGUCAUGCGGAUUGGAGGGGGAUAUAAAAAAAAAAGGUAAUUCAACAAAUUUAACACGUUGUGCAUGCGCAUGAGUCAACAUGAGACUGGAUUGUAAUUUGAAUUCUCGAACAGUUAGUGCAGCGAAUGAUGAAAUACAAAGAGCAGAUGCACCCGGCCCCGGAGCUCCCAAGAGCUCCGAGGGCUGACGAUGCAAUGCUAGCGCUAGGGAAAGGUAAGUUGUCCUACCGGAAGAUUUUGGACAGUCAGGGGCGAUAGGAAGGAUAAUAAACAAA